AUGAAAGAGAAGGGCAAGGCUGUGGAGACAUACAACAACUACUACUCAUCAUCAUCAGACCUUCCAUGCCCAAAACACCCAUUUUCAUCAUCCAUCGGGAUUUGUGCUCACUGCCUUAAAGAAAGGCUAAUAAACCUGGUUUGCUCAGACUGUGGAGAACAAAGACUCUCUUCAUGUUCUUGCUCUGGUGUCUCUUCAUACCCAAAUUCUUACUUUGCUGAGGUGGGUAGUGUUGGAAGAAUCUCAUUCCUUAUAGAGAAUGAAACAAAGCUAUCCCAUUCAAACCCCACCAUCAAGAGGAGUAAUAGUAGCUGUGUUGGUAUUGUUAAGAAAAGAAGUGGAUUUUGGAGGAUUGGGAGGCUUUUUAGGAAGAAAAGAGAAAAGGGUUGUGAUGAGAGGAGUGAAAUGUGGAUGUUUGAUCACAUGAGUAUUUCUAGGUCUAGGUCUCUAUGUGGUUUCAGGGGUGGAAGUUUUUAUAAUGACCCAGAAGAAGAAGAUCAAAGUAAUGAUCAUCAAUUUGCAUUUUCAAGUGCUAAAAUCUCUGAUUCUGAGAGGAUGAGUGGUUUUAGUGAAACAGAGAACAGAAAAAGUGGAUUGAAAGGUGUGUCGGAUGGUAAAACUGGUUUGAAUGGUACCAAUACAAACAAAAGUGUUUUUCCAGUUAAAGAAAGUGAUUUGAGUCUCAUGGAGGAGUCAGGAUUUAUUGACUUAAAGAUUGAUUUAUCAUCAUCAUCAGAGUCAAAACCAGAGUUCUCUGUUGUGAAGAAGAGUGAAGUCUCAUCAGUUUCAGAUUUGGGUAGUUUGAGAGGUGGGGUUUUUUUGGGACACCAUGAAUGUUGUGAAGGUUCUUUUGGGAUUUCAGUGAAUGGCGAUGACAUUGGAAUCAAGAAAGACAAGAAAGGCUAUAAGGCUUGGAGAUGGAUCUUCAAGCACCAUCUCAAUUGGAAAAGCAGUGCAACCAAGUAA